CUCUGUGUGUCUCUGUGUCUGUUUGUGUCUCUCUGAGUCUCUCUCUGAGUCUCUCUGUGUCUCUCUGUGUGUCUCUGAGUCUCUUUCUGAGUGUCUCUGUGUCUCUCUGUGUGUCUCUGAGUCUCUUUCUGAGUCUCUUUCUGAGUCUCUGUGUGUUUCGGUGUCUCUCUGUGUCUCCUGGUGAAAUUGACCUGAAAAGUGGAAUUUUCAGAAGAGUGGAAUCAGAUUGAAUAAAACGCAACUGAUCACAGUUGGGAUUAGAAGAUGGUACAAGCGUCUUGACAGGAAAAGGAAAUAUGCUGCAGGAAAACUAGGCAUGGCUGCCCAUCGAAUUCGAGCAACAAAUAACAACAAUGCAAUACCUCGAUGCAAGUCCGAGGGAACACUGAUUGAACUGAGUUCUGGAGUGUCAGAAGCCGCGCUCUCUGAAGUUAAAGUACCCAGUCCUAGCACUUUACGACUGGAAGCUACCGCCUCGAUUGAAUCUGCUCGAGAAGUCAUUGCCAUUAAAGAUUACUGUCCAUCAAACUUCACCACCCUAAAGUUUUCUAAAGGGGAUCAUCUUUAUGUUCUUGACACAUCUGCGGGAGAGUGGUGGUAUGCUCAUAAUAACACAGAGAUGGGCUACAUCCCGGCAGCCUACGUCAAACCCGUCACGCAGGGAGAAUCUAUAUCCUGCGACAGUGGGAUGAUUGACAGCCUAGCAGACAUUUCUAACGAUGGGUCCAAAGCGCUAGAGCAACGUGGAGAGUGGCCGGAACACAUUAAACCUACAGUUCCUCAAAACGGAAACCCUUUCCUAAAGAAGCGGAUGUCUCUCAACCCAUUCCUUGAUGGCUCCUUGCUAACUGAUCAAAACAGUAUCCAGAGUUCCUCUCCAGACUCAAAAAACAGCAGCAGUAUUAACAUCAACAAAUUUGGAAGUAAUGUUAUGGAUUCGUAUUACUUGAACCCUGGCACAGAGAACGGUUCAGUCCUUAGAAGGAACAAUCCAUUUUAUAGAAGCAAGCGUUGUUACAGUUUGUCCGAACUGUCCAUUUUACAGUCGCAGGCAGAUGCACCUCCAGAAUUCCUGGGUUUUUUCGGAAGCUUGAAAGCACCUUCACCUGAGCAGUUUCAGAGUAGAGAAGACUUCAAAAAUGCCUGGUUAAACCACCGCAAGUUUACAAGGUCCUGCCAUGACCUAGAUUCUAUUGGGCAAAAUCCUGGUUGGGGUCAAACACAGCCAAUCGAGACCAACAUUGUGUGCAAACUGGACAGCUCAGGUGGUGCUAUUCAGUUACCAGACACUAGCAUCAGCAUUAUUGUACCCGAGGGCCAUGUUGCACCAGAUGAUACCCAGCAGAUAUCGUUAAAGGCCAUGCUGGACCCACCCUUGGAGCUUAACAAUGACAAUUGUACUACUGUGAGCCCAGUGGUGGAGAUUAAGCUUAGCAAUAUGGAAACAAAAACCACUUUAACAUUAGAGAUGAAAGUGUCUGUUGUGGUCAAGAUGGAGAGUCGACAAAAGGCAGAAGUGAUCUGUGUCCGCAGCGACUGCAAGGAUGGACCCUACGUUCCAGUUCCUCAUGUUUAUAUGUAUGGAGAUACAGUCCAGAUAACCUUGGACAAUCUAGAGCCUUGCAUGUAUGUAUCAGUGGUUGCUCAGGCCCAGGAUGUUGCCCCAUACAACACAGUCUGGGAGCAUGUUGUAAAAAAGGUUACGCUUGGCGUAUACGGUCCUAAGCAUAUCCAUCCAUCCUUUAAGACAGUUGUUGCCAUGUUUGGCCAUGAUUGUGCCCCAAAAACAUUAUUAGUAAGUGAAGCUAAAAUGCAGUCCCACUGUAUUCCACCAUUAUCCCUCCAACUCUGGGGAAAACACCAGUUUGUACUUGCAAAGCCUCAAGAUCUUAAGGUUGGUGUGUAUUCUAACAUUUCAAAUUUUGAAGCGAAAAUUAGCGAUCAGACAAGGGUGGUGAGGAGUUUUCAGCUGAAACUUGGCAAAGUAUCGCGCCUCAUCUACUCCAUAUCUGCUCGAGAUCCAGACAACAUCACGGACUUCACUUUGCGCAUUCAGGUUAAAGAUGAUAAGGACUGCAUCCUUGCCCAGUUCUGCGUUCAGACGCCAACCCCUACACCGAAGGUUGCGACGAGCUCCACGCAGAGGCGCUUUUUAAAGAAAAAGGAAAUGCACAAAACCGUACUUUCACCUCUUCUAGGAGUCACAAAAUAUCCUAUGUUUCAGGACAGACCAGUCACAAAUAUAAAGUUUGGAAAGUUGCUAAAGACUGUCCUUAGACAGACCAAGAGCCAGUAUUUGCUGGAGUAUGUAAAAGGGGAUGUGAUGGCACUUUUGAGUGAAGAAAAAAUCAAACUUAAAGGCCAUCUUUGGACCAAGGAGUGGUACAUUGGAUACUAUCAUGGCAGAAUUGGAUUGGUGCAUACGAAGAACAUUCUUAUAAUGGGAAAAGUCAAACCAGUUAAUAUCAAGGGGCCUGAGCUGACCUCUACUGUUCUUUUAGACCAAAUUCUAAUCCCCUGCAAAUGUCUCACUUACAUGUAUUCUUCAUUGAGGACUAUACUGAUGGAAAACUUAAAUAGCUGGAGAGCAUUUGCUGAUGCCUUGGGCUACGUCAACCUUCCUCUGGCUCACUUUUGUCGUACGGAGCCGAGCAGCGAGCCAGAAAAAGUUGCCUGUGUUCUUGAGAAGUUGAAAGAAGACUGCGAGACAUCUGAAGAAAAGCAAAGGAAAUCUUUCCAAAAGGAGCUCUUCAUGGCCCUGUUGAAACUGGACUGUCAAGGGCUGGUGGCUCGGCUGCUGAAGGACUUUGCGCUCCUGACUGCAGCAGUGGAAGUGGCAGAGCGCUGGAGAGAGCUUGCAGAAAAACUGGCCAAAGUGUCACGCAAACAGAUGGAAUCGUACGAGGCUCCUUACCGAGGCACAGAUGGUGUGAUAGAGAAAGAGGCCAUGUGGAAGCCGGCGUAUGAUUUCCUGGUAACGUGGGCAGCCCAGAUAGGCGACAGUUACAGAGACGUACUCCAGGAUCUUCACACCGGCCUCGACAAAAUGAAGAACCCCAUCACCAAGCGCUGGAGGCACUUAACAGGAACACUCAUCCUCAUCAACUGCCUGGACCUGUUACGUAGCAGUGCCUUUAGCACCGCCCCCCAGGACGACUGUGCGGUAUAGACUUCAUACGAAAAUGACAAACUAUUACAGUGAUAUAUCUGUGAUAUAUCUCAUGUUCAUAGUGGCACCAGCGGCAAAUUCCAUGACAUAGCAUUACCCAUAAUGCUCAGUGCUCAGUGCUGUUAGUAGAGUAGUUACUUUAUCAACUCCUGAGAGGACUGAGGGCUCAAGUCUGCAUGACUAUAGAUAUUCCUUUCAAUAUACUGUAUAAUAAUACAGUGGUGUCUAUAAAUUAAGAAAUACACGCAAUCAAAAGCUAAAUCAAAUUCCAAUUGUUUGGAGACUCUUAACACUUGGUGCAAGACAAGUGGCCACUUCUGCACACUCCAUAGACACAGUAGGAGUGAACAGGGAAAAUUACACACACACAGAUACACACACAGAUAAAUAUAUACAUAUUUUUUUUCAACCUUUUUCCGCCGGGGCUAAAUCAAUCUAAAAUCAUCAAUUCUAUCAAUCAUCAAACCCAUGACCUUGCAGAACCUCACAGCUGGAUAAUAUGAAGAUCUCUAAAUAUCUAAACUGCGAUCAGGUACAGCGCUGUACGCUGUCGUGGCAUCACAAUAAACACCGAGUACAAUAAGUACUGACCAACUCCUCUUUUACUCACCAUAACACAUUGGUAAUGGGGGAUGUGGUAGCCUAGUGGUUAAGGUGUUGGUCUACCAAUAGGAAGAUUGGGAAUUUGAAUUUGAAUCCCAGGUCCAUCGAGCUGCCGCUGCUGGGAUCCUGAGCAAGGCCCUUAACCCUCAGUUGCUCAGUUGUAUAAAAUGUAAGUCGCUCUGGACGCUAAGGGCGUCUGGUAAAUGUCAUAAAGAUAUGAAUGAUAUGAGGUAAAAUAGGUCAUUUUAUACAGUACAUAAAGUUAUUUUAUAUAUAUAGUAUAUAUAUAUAUAUAUAUAUAUAUAUAUAUGUGUGUGUGUAUGUAUAUAUAUAUUGUAUAUGUGCAUUGAAAGCAGCACAAAGGCGGAGAGAGUCGAGGUGACAUCUCAGAUGCUUUUUUAAAAGCUUUGUGCGUUUCUCUGAUUUUAUGCAGAGUUCUGUCCAUAUCCAUGUCACUUCUGGGAUCUCCAGAUUUCUUCUGUCUCCCAAAAAAAAAAAAAAAAAAUGGUAUGUAAUCCAGACGAUAAAAACUACUGACUGAACAAUCAUCAGACGUCCAGUUGUGUCAACAAAGAAUGUUAAACUGUUCGAGAGUAAAAGGCCAUCAUGGUAUUCACACCAUGAGUGCUAUGGGUAUUAAUCCAGAGUUCCUAUCAAUUUUACAUAUUUGUCUACAUCUGACACAUAUUUUCACAUUUUAUACCACUUUUUAGCUCAAGUAAGAUGUUUCUCUCAAGACUCUUGAUGCUCAUGAACUACCAAAAACCAAACCACACACACACACACACACAAACGUUACUUAUUACCAUUAUCUACAUACUUGUAUUAAUACUUGUGUUACACAUACAUAGUGUUUGUGUUACACAUUCAAAUGACUGAAAGCACGAAAACUAAAAUACUGCUUGAAAUAUGUGCCAAAUACUGUAUUUUAUAUAAAAGUAAAUCCACCCAAUGGAAUUGA